CAAGCGCACCCCGAUGUGAUGCACCAACACGGUUUCGCGCUGUCGAAGACUUGACCUUGUAAAGGACACGAUGCAUGGCCGACCGUCGCGGCAUCAUCGUGCCUCUGCUGAUCAUCGGUUUCAUCUUCUUCUCAUCUAACAACCCUCCGACAGCGCAAUUCGGUAGCGGAGCGACGAUACAAGAUGCCGUUGCGGGUGAGCGGAGGUCGUUGUCCGUACUACAAAACUCGACAUACGGAGACAUAAGUCGGAACGAUGAAGGGUUCCUCAAUCUUACGGGCCUCGAGCUAGAACGGGGAUACGCUUGGAGUGCACUCCCUGCGGUUAAGGAAAGGGCACGUCAGCACCUCGAAUAUGCGCUCGGCGAUGCGGGUGAAUCUGCGCUUGACGGCGACAGCUUCGCCACGCUGCCUGCUCUCUACCACAACGUGACGGGAUACGUACAGGGCAAAUGGGUGCGCUCGAAGCUACAGGAGAGCGUGGCAACUCCGCGGUUGAAUAUGUCCGCAUACGCGGCCGAGGGCCCAUUCGGCUUACUGCAGUCGAGAUCUUUCGAACGCAACAUCACCGGCGCGGAUGGCGACGUGCGAAUGCGCUUUCGUGAGAGAACAACUUACGACGACAUAGCUUUGGCAAACAUUACUGGCAUCAGUGCCGAGAUGACCUUCACCGACGACAGUACUGGCGAAGAAACCGAAUUGCAGAUGUACGGCGUGUAUCAAAUACAACUGGGUCAAGUCGUCAUGACCACGACCAGCGAAAAAUUCGCCGGGGUUUUCAUAUUACCGCAUUUCGCCCUUUCGCAGCACAGCUUCGGCACUAUGAAGACGUACAUGAACCAAUCAAUCUCACGGACCAUCAGAGCUCAGGAAAAUGGCGACAUCGAGAGACUAAAUCCAUGGCCGUCACAAACCGAUGGUACACCGCCAACCGCUUUGGGCGGGCCCCAAUGCGAGCUCGUAAUGUAUUUGCAGCAAAUGCCUCCCAGUGGCGGCGAGUUAGAGCCCAUGACUGGCAGUACUUUGGCCUUCAUUGAACAAGAGGCCCGCUAUCCGACAGGCGCCAUUGUCCCGUCACUCUCUAACAUGCGCUUUACCAUGCUCGCCUUCUCACCAGACUGCGGUUACGUUCUGGAGUCGAGAGGCCCACCAGACUUUGCGGCGCAGGAAGCUCAGCACCUGGCCGGACUCAAGGCGGAGAUGCUUUACAAGAUUGGGCGGCACCACGUCCUGCUCUUCGCGCUCACGAUAGGCGGACAGAUAGCGCUGCUCAUGCGUCAAAUGCGAGAAGCCAACACGCCUUCAACUCGUAGUAGGAUCAGCUUCUCUACGAUCGCUAUGCUUGCGUUGGGCGAUGGCUUCGCUACGAUGACUUUCCUCCUUAUCAGUCUUUUCGUACACGGCUUGUGGGUCGAUCUCGUUGGUACGGCAUUUCUGGCGUUCACUAGCGUUUCGUUCUUUGGUAUGCGCUUUCUAGCAGAUCUCUGGGUCGCGCAGGCUCCCGAAAGGGCGCAGCAUCAACAAGCAGACGCCACGAGAACCCAGUCGACGCCUAGCUUGCCUGGCUCGCUUCCACUGCCGGUGACGGCGGAGCGACCAACUGAUACCGGAGCGACCCCUGUCUUCAUGCCCUCGGAUCAAGAGGGCUUGGAGCCCGUCACGGAACCCGUUGGUACCGCUCAGCCUGGCGCUCAGGUGGGGCCAAGGACUUCAAGUUUUGGCGCUCUUUACCUUCGCUUCUACCUUCUGCUGCUGGCUACGCUCUUUAUGAGCCUCAAUGCUACAACCUGGCCGUCACCGCUUCGUCGCGGCUUCUUUACCCUGUUGGCUACGGUGUACUUGUCGUUCUGGGUCCCGCAGAUCCUUCGCAAUGUCCAACGUAACUGUCGCCAUGCGCUUGAGUGGAGGUUCGUCGUGGGUCAAAGCGUGCUGCGGCUUGUACCAUUUGCCUAUUUCUACGCGUACAAACAUAAUGUGCUGUUUGCGAAGCCAGACUACUAUAGCCUUGGUUUCUUGGUCAUCUGGAUAUGGGUACAGGUCCUCGUAUUGGCCAGUCAGGAGCUUGUUGGACCGAGAUGGUUCGUUGGUAAAGACUGGGCGCCGCCCGCUUACGAUUACCAUCCCAUUCUUCGCGAAGACGAAGAAGGUGCGACGAUGCCCAUUGGUCUCUCAGAGACGUCUGCAGGGUCCGCACCGACAACACCAUUGCUCGAACGGCGUACCAGUCUAUCAUCGUCGACAGCGAGAAGAGGCUCCACGGCGAAGGACACCAAAGCCAAAGGCAAACGUGUUUUUGACUGCGCGAUAUGCUUUCAAGAACUCGAAGUACCUGUCAUUGAGGCUGGCGGGAGCGGCGAUAGUUCGCUGGGUGCUGGCCUGUUAGCGCGACGAAGCUACAUGGUCACGCCGUGCAGACACAUCUUUCACAGCGCGUGCUUGGAAGGGUGGAUGAAGUACAGGCUGCAAUGUCCAAUUUGCCGUGAGACCCUACCGCCUUUGUAA